GGCUCUGGCUCUCUAGACCUUCCUCGGCAUCGAGGAAAGCUUCAGAGCUACUCCUCGUCUCCGUCCUUGAGACAUAUUUUCAACGCAGGAGGAGCUGCCAUGCGUUCAUUGGCAUCACCAUUGCCGGCAUCAUAUCGUCGCCCAGACACACCACCAGCUAUAAACAAAUAUCCCUCCCCCAAUGUCCUCAGUGGAUGUGAACCGGAUUCAGAAGCCAAGUCGCUUGUUAACUGCGAUUACUUCAACCUCCCGCUGUCUCAAUCCGCAGGAUCCGUAUCGUCCGUCUCGUCCGUCUCGUCCCCUUCAUGCACAUCAUUGGCAAGGGGCAUCGCACAUUUCAGCCCCUUCGACGGCCCGCGACUACCCCCAACCAAACCCGCGUUCUCUUCAUCGCUUCCCCCGACACCUACUCAAUCUACUUUUGACAGGUCAGGCGAGCACCUAGUGCCGCUUACCCCGACUUCUCCAUAUGACAUUCCUCUGAAUUCUUCGCGCCCCCGGUCUGUCCCAAGUGCCCAUCGUAUCGCAGAGUACGUCAUCAAGCCCAUGCCACGAAGAACGCCAAGCUCUCCGUAUUUGAUUGCACAGCACCAAGGAAUAGACAAUCAACCUUGCUUUGCACCGGAUCGACGUUCAUCGCUACCAUGGAAUACGCACAUUUCCUCGCCUGCAUCGCAUCCAUACGACGCAUGGAGGCAUGGAGGACAUCAGAAGGGGGUCGAGAUGGAGUCUCCAACACCGACUCAGGCUGCUUUUAAGAACCAACACACCGCGAUGGAUCCUCAAGGCUUCAAAACACAGGUUCAACCUCCUGGGUCAGAGGUGGUGCUAAUGCGAUCCAAUAGUACGCCUGCCAUCUUUGGUUCACUAUCUAGACCUCAUAUGUAUUUUAUAGUCAACGAGCAGGACAAUGUAUCGACGAACGAUAGCUGGCCAGUAAUGGAGGAGGCUGGAACAGGAGCGGACUCGUCCAUCGAACGGCUUAUGCACGGUAUACCGUCAUCUCAACAAUUUGAUAACGCAGAUAUGAACGACUUUCAAUAUCUUGAUACUCGGCAUCAACACCACGAGGACAAGCGUGAGAGUAUCAAAGCGCAACAAGCAGGCAGCUGCGAAUGGGAUCAGGAUCCAGUCAGUAUGGCCCACCCUCGGCCAUCUAAGGACCCACAGCCUUCCGGUACUAAGGCAGAAAACCAACGACCGAUGAAGCUGAUGCACGCCCCCUAUCACACCCCCAAUCACACCCCCAUGAGUCAGGCCCCAGGUGUGCUUCUCGAGCGUCCAAUGAUCCAGAAAUCAUCAGUCAGUAUUCCUGUCAGCAAAAUGGACCAUCCACAGGGAUUUUUGAAACCCGAACCGAUGGACGACCAUACCUUCGACUCUUCUAUGGCCAUGUUACUGGACGAUCAUCUUAGCCUGAUGGAUCAUCUCAACAUGAUACCGGAGGCGGAAGUGUUUCCGGAGGGGCUACCCAUGGGAUCUCUAUCAUCAUCAUCGUCAUCGCCCUCUGCAUUACAACACCAGGUUCACGGCAUCGUUCCUUCUACCACCACCAACAUCAUGUUCUCAAUCGCAACGACUGUACCGAGCACAUCCGCCAGUUGUACUAAACAGGACGAGUUGGCGGACGAUCCUUUGCUUUAUUUCGACACGAGUGAACCCAUACGACCGAGCGCGGGCUUGAAUCAAAAUACGACAUUUGGAUACACGGGCGAGGGUUCUUUUCAGGUCAAGGUCGAAUCCGGACUGGGGCCGCGAUCUUCACAGUCCAACGUGAUGCAGUAUUCGCUCGAUCACCAGCAACAUCCAUUCGACCUGUCUACCGCGCAACGGCUUCAACGGCGGCAACAAUAGGUGACAAUAGGUGCAACAGCACAGCAAUUCAUCUUGCAUGCAAGGGGGGGGAGAGGCACCCUGGUCCUUGUGGCAGAAUAUAGCUAUAGAAUUCAACAGCUACAGCUAUUGUAAAAGAUGAUACAAUAUCCCAGUAUAGAAAUAGUUACGCGUUUCGGACGCGUCAAAGCA